AUGGCGAUUUCCCUGCUGGAAAUUCCAGAUUUGCCAAUGGAGAUGAUAACGAAUUAUUGUGAUUUUCCGACGAUCCAAGCCCUCCGCAAAGCCUGCCGAGACCUCCGCAACUUCAUCGACGACAAAAAACCAGAUGUCUACCCGGAACCCUUAAAAAUCACUGUGGAACGCGGAGCUAUUGCAUUGGAUUUGACAAACGGAGACCACCUGGAAAUGUAUCCAGAAGGCUCCAGAAUCUAUUUGAGAUAUGUUGGAAAUGAAGUGUAUUGGAUAAGAAGUGACGGGCAGCGGAAGAAAAUUUUGGAGUGGGAAAACCUCUUCUUUCAAGAUUUUGGACUCCUUUUGGACAAUCAACCGAAGUUUUUCAACCAAGUCUCCUUCCACUUUUCCUACAGCGAUGGACCUUUUUAUAUAACAAAAUUCGAGGAAUUUCUGAAAACUAGAACCAGAAUUCCAAUACCUACAAAAUCCGUAAUAAUAUCGGUGUCCACUAAAUCUCAAUCCCUUCAACUUCUACCAUACAUUGACCCGAAGCAUUUGGAAUCCCUGGAAAUAGUUCUUCACGGACGGUAUAAUAUGCCAAAGGAUGUCUCGAAAAUAGAGGAUACGGAGCAAUGGAAAGUGGCGAGGAAAUUGGAAAUGCUAAAGGCGGUGCUGAAACCAACGGUGCCUAUUGAGAAGUUCAGACAUUUUUUGGUGGUGAACAUUCAAUAUGAAACAUUGGAAGUGGAAAAUGUGAAGGAGUGUAAAGAGCUCUUCCUCCAAUUCACCGACUACAAGAAACACUUCACCCUUGGCAGUGUCGGGUUUAUUCCCAGGGAUUUAUUCGAUGGAGUUUUUGGAGAUGACGUGAACACUCUACCCAAAAAAUGGUACUUCAAAGCAGAGAAAAAUCUGGAAAAGGUGCUUCAGAUAACAAUGGAUUCCGUGUUUUUUGAGUUUAAGUUUGUUGAGAGAUCAGAAGUUUCGAAUGGUGUUUUGAUUAUUGAUUGA